UUAUAUCUCAUCGUAAACAACAGUUUAUACAAAUCCUUGAGUGAGUGAACAUCAGUUUGUAGCACUUAAAAGGAAAUCAAGAAAUUGUGAUAAAAAAUAAUCAAAUUGAAAACUAAAACCGUCAACAAUGAAGUACUUUAGAUAUUAUCUAGGUGUAGUGAUCUUAAUAAUUUCACAGUUAUCAGUGAUAUCAGCUGAAAAGGCCAGCUCUCUUUUGCAUUUCAAAUGCCCCUACGGAAAUUCUGAUUGUCUUGUAAAAAUGUACGAUUUACUCAUCAAAGAUCUAUCAGAUGGUAAACCAGAAUACAACAUACCACCCCUUGAUCCAGUUUACAUCAAGAAAUUCAACAUUAGAACAAAUUUUCUGGGACCAUUUAAUGUGCACGUUGUUUAUGAAAAUGCCAAAUUCUCUGGAGUCAAAAACACAACAACGAAGAAGUUCACAGGAUUCUCGAGGGACUUUGACGGAAAACAGAAUGAACUUGUCCUAUUUACGCCAAAAUACACCCUGAGUGGAAAUUACAUUGUAAAUGGAACGAUGUUCUCAGUCCCAAUUCGUGCUACUGGCAGCUCUACAAUAAUCCUGUUUAAUGUAUACACACGUUUGCGAUUCAUCUCAAGAAAAAUGGAGAAAGACGGUGAAAUUUAUGCACAGGCGGAAAAGAUGCAAAUGUCUGCAAAAUUUGAUAGGUUGAAACUUGAAUUUGAUAGCAGUCGAAGUGAAAAUAAACUUCUUGAGGAAGUUGCCGCUGAAUAUGUCAAUGCAAAUUGGAAAGAAUCCUUCAAUGCCGCUAAAGAAUCAAUUUAUGAAUCAUUCGGUGAAAUAUGGACAAAGAUUUACAAUCAAAUCACUAGUAAAAUACCUUAUAGAGAUUUUUUUGUGGAAGAAUCAGCAUAAUUAAAAAUUUUUAGGAGCUUCUUUUUCUUCUAAAAUCAAGUGACAUGUAAAUGAAAUGGAAAUCAAUUCACAGGGAAAAAGUAUUAAUUAUUUUGAGACUUUUUCAGGAUAAAAAUCAAAAUAAAAUUAGAUUCCUAAUUAAGCACGUGAUAAAACAAUCUAAAAAAAAAGAAAUAUUCACAAAUAUUGAGAUUCUCCGGCUCAAAUAAAAUCUCCUUAAUAUUCCCUAAGGCACUACCUGGCAGAGAGAAUUUUCUUCGUGGACUUGCAAGAAUCAUGAAAGAGGGGCAGGGAGGCUGAAAUUGUGCAGUGAAAGUCACGUAAGAUUGCAACUGGAGCUACAUUGAUUGAGUGGUUUACUUUUUCCCAGCACAAUCCCAGCCUCCUCGUUGUCAGCAUUUAUUGAAUCGUGACGUCUCUGCAAAAAGAAAAUUGACAAAACAAUCCCUCAAACCCUUUCAAACUCCCCCAAACCAGAUACAAAAAAAAACCCC